CAUGAAGAAAGGAAUGUAGCUGGAACAUCAGAACCAUUAUUCUUCGGACACUAUAUGUGGGACGCGAAACAGGCGAAUUUGACACUCCGGUCUCUCCGUUGCGGUACCGUUGCGGAGGCGAGCUCCGGAUACGCGCACAGAGACAAGUGCUGGCUCUCCCGGUGGACAGAUCGGCGGAUAGAGAAUGAGAGAGGAACGCUAAUAACGCUCACCGAAGGAACAAAGAUCCACGAGUUAGAUCACAACGGCGAUCCGCCCGCGUUACUUCAUCCUCCACGAGCAGCAUCUACCGAUGGCUAACUACGCGAGGUGCGGAGUGGCUGUCGUCAUUGUACUCGGCCUCUUCUGCGGACAAGUAUUCGGAGAGCUUGAGGAUGCCGACAGGAAUGUUCAGGAUAUGAGUAUCCGAUUCGGCAGAGGAUUGGAUAGCGAACUGCAAUUGGCCAGACUGUUGCUGGUAGCACCGCGGUUUUGCCAUCCCAAACGCAAUUCCGAGAUCAUAAACUCGUUGUUGGGUCUACCGAAGAAUAUGCACAACGCUGGGAAAUAAAAGUAACACCGCUUAACCGUCGUACCAAGCAUAACUUGUCCGCCGUAUAUAGUAUAUGUAGAAUUAGAAACAUUAAAAAAAAGAAGAAAAAUGCGCUGCGGACAGUACUUGUUUUACAAUGUACUCGAGAACACCGACCACAUGUACAGACGAUGAAUCAAUAUAGUAAUAUAUAAACGUA